UCUCACCUUGGUCGAGGCAUAAGAAAUCUUGAAUUUAUGGAGGUCAGAAGGAGAAAUGUGCAUACCACCAACAAAGGUCCGGGGCCUAGUGUCUCACAAAUAGUAAAUGAGCUGGAUGUCUUCCCAAAACUUCCACGAGAAUGCAAAAAGUCAACAUGGAGUGGUGGUCUAGCUACUAUUCUAACAUUUUGUUGCAUAUCUUGGUUGCUUAUAAUGGAAUGUCGAAGUUAUCUUGAUCCCCCCGUCAAUUAUUCUUACGAAUUAGACAAAUCUACCUCUGGGUAAGAUUUUUCUUCUCCAGAUCUUGUUCUAGAAAAAUAAAAGUCAAUGUUGACAUUGUUGUUGCCUCACCAUGCCAUGGUAAGUUUCUAACAUCUACAUGACAUCUUAGCUGUUUCAAUGGAUGUGGUGGAUACUUCUGGGUCCUCUCUGUCUGAUGAAGAGAAUAUUCAGUACUUACCAACAUCUUUUGAACUUAGCCCAUCAGCUCGAGCCGCGUUCAAAUAUCGACAAUAUAUAGCUGGGGCUCUCCGUGCAAAACAUCAUACUAUACAACAUUGGUUGUGGAAAUAUGCCUCUGAGACAAGUGUUUUCACAGACUUUGAAGUCCCUGUGGUUGAUAAAAAGGUUUCUGAUGACCGAGAUUCUGAUGCUUGUCGAAUCGUUGGUACUUUGUUCGUUAAAAAAGUUGGAGGAAACAUACAUAUACUAUUUGGGAAACCUCUGAACGGGUUCGGUAAUUUUCAUCUACAUGUUGUACCAUUUUCAGGCCAAUCGGUUCAAAAUUUCAGUCAUCGAAUAAAUCAUUUUUCUUUUGGUGAUCUAGUUAAUGGACAAAUACAUCCGUUAGAAGCUGUUGAAUCUGUUACUGAUGUUGCCUUUACAUCAUUUCAAUAUUUUGUCACAAUGGUCCCUACCAAAGUAGUUAAUCAUUUUCAUAUUACAGAAACUUAUCAGUAUGCAGCAACUUUACAGAAUAGAACAAUUGAUCAUGAUGCCGGAAGUCAUGGAAUACCUGGAAUCUUUUUUGUUUAUGAUACUUUUCCAUUAGUUGUAAAAAUAACAUAUGAUCGUGAAUUAUUAGGUACAUUUUUUACUCGUCUUGCUGCAUUAGCCGGUGGAAUAUUUGCAACAGUUGCUUAUCUACGUGAAAUAUUAUCAAAUUUACCUGAUAUUUUAUUUAGAACACGUUUAGGUCGUCAAUGGAAUAAUAGUUGGACACGUGGAAAACGAAAUAUUUGCAUUAAACUAUCUGAACAUCUUCCAAAUGGUUUAGAUAAAACUGGUUUUUUAACUCCAUCAUUGGAGAAUGUAUUAAAUCCAGACUCAGAUACUUGAUUUAGACAAUUUAGUCUCCAAUUCAGUGAAUUACUCUAUUGUAGUCAUUAUUAUUAUGAACACUAUUACUUUUCACUAGCUCUAUCUGUUUUCUGUAUCUAAUAUUACUUUUUCUGUGAUUUGUAUUUAUCGGCACAAUGUUUAUGUAUUUGUGUGUGUAUAAAUGAGUAUGACUUUUUUGUCUUGUACUGCUGAAUUACUUUUAUGUACAGUAUCUUUGACCUUUAAUAUUCAAUGUAUUCACAUACUUCACUCUAGUUCCUUUAUGAAAUUUUUUAUGUUUCUAAAAGAUUUUUUUAUUUUAAUAAAAUAAUAACUACUAAUACUACUACUGCUGCUUAUCUUAUGCAUAAUUGUUAAAAUUAGUUUUCGGUUUGUUGUAUAUAUUUCUAUAUUUUAUUGAUUUUAUACCUGUAAGGAAUGAUAUCUACUUAAAGAAAC